AUGUCUGGACCAGGUGUUGGUUUCGAAUUCCCCGCACAGGAGGUGUCAUGGCUCACCCGCGAUGUCCUCCUCUUUGCAAACAGCAUCGGUGCGACCUCGAAGGAGCUGCACUUUCUAUAUGAGCUUCACCCGAAAUUCGCCGUUUUCCCUACCUACCCCAUCAUCCUCCCAUUCAAACUCACCGACCAAGAAGUGACCGACUUCUACGCUCGCUCGAAAGCAACCCCCAUCCCUGGUGUCCCUACAUUUGAUGCGCGCCGUGUAGUCGACGGCCAGCGCAAGAUCACUGUAUUCAAGCCGCUCCCUCCCACCAGCGUGGGCAAAAAGUUUGAACUUCGCAACAAGGUAGUCGGGGUGUAUGACAAGGGCAAGCCGGGCUCUGUUGUUGAGACAGAGCAAUGGAUCGUGGAUGCACAAACUGGGGAGGUGUACUCGACGGUUGCGAGCAGCGCGUUUUACGUUGCGCAAGGAAACUGGGGCGGUCCCAAAGGCCCUGCUACCCUCAAUUUCCCCCCACCGCAAGGACGCAAGCCAGAUGCGGUUCAUACAAUCCAAACAACCACGGAGACUGCCCAACUUUAUCGUCUUAAUGGCGAUUACAAUCCUCUCCAUGCUACGCCCGAGCCCGGCCAAAAAAUGGGCUUUGGCGGCAUCAUUAUCCACGGCUUGUUCAGCUGGAACGCUUCCGCUCAUGCUGUUCUGGAAGCUUUUGGUAGAAGCGACCCCAAGAACUUCAAGGAGUUCCAGGCUCGGUUUGCAUCCCCUGUAAGGCCCGGCGACAAGCUGGCCAUUGAGAUGUGGCGUACUGGAGAUGUCACUGAUGGGUUUGAGGAAAUCCGGUUUGUGGUCAAUAACCAAAAGGGCCAGGCCGUGUUGAGUAAUGGUCGCGCCCUGAUUAAGGUGAAGGAACUGGACCCAAAGCUCUAA